AUGGCUAAUUUGCUGGCCGGUUGUUUGCAGCGAGCUGCGUACGUUUGUGGACAGUACUUGCGGUGUUUAGUCAAAUGGUUGCAGCUAUCGUUCUGGACUUCCACCCCGAGGACUCACCCGCCGGACACGCUGAACCAUCCGAAGUGGGGAAGACAUCGACACAUUCAUGUGCACAAACUCAAUCUUCACUACGUCGAGAAUGGUUCCAGCAGCAAACCGCUGAUGCUGUUCCUACACGGCGUACCUGACUUUUGGUACACGUGGCGCUAUCAGCUGCAUGAGUUCUCCAAAGACUACUGGACCGUGGCGCUCGAUUUGCCAGGCUUCGGGCGAUCGGAAGCGCCCCGGUAUGCCACGACCUAUCGUCUAAGCAACCUAGCGCGGGCGGUUUGUGAGCUGGUCGAGGCUCUGGGCAAAACCGAUUGCAUUCUCGUGGCCAACGGUUGUGGUGCCCUGCUCGGCUGGCACAUAGUCAAUCAGUACCCCGAACGAGUGUCCAAGUAUGUCAUGAUGGGACUUCCAUCGCUUGGCGUGUUGCAGGAGUUACAAGAACGAGACCUUGUACCGCUGAGUGCACUGCUGAAAAUUGGCUUCCUAUCCGUGUUCCAUCGCUUGUCGAUCAAGCUAGCCCGCGUUGGGGAUUACCAAAUAUUCAACAACCUUGUAGGACCAUUCUCGAAACCCCAAGAUCUGGACGCGUACAAGUACACCUUCUCGCAACCGAACGCUCUGGCACGAGCUCUGAACGCGUUUCGCCAAAACUGGAACGAUUUCUUCGUCGAGGAGUUAGAGUUCCGGGUGCGCAAACCGGCCACCAUUCCGGGUCUGUUUCUAGUCGGCGAAAACAAUCAGUGGAUCUCGUUGGAUAAGUUAAGUACGCUCAUUAUAAGCAAGUAUAAACCUCUGGAAAUACGCUUCGUUCCAAGAGCUGGCCGGUACCCGCACCAGGAAGACCCCAAGACGGUGAAUAAGAUCAUGAAGGAGUUUCUAGGCGUAAAGGGGUCGCAUGUAGGCGUUGAUCGACCACAGUUAGACAGCGUACAGAACAACGUAGUCAUUAAAGAGGUUUGUGAAACAUGUUACACGAUAGAGCAUACUGCCAUUGAUAACCAUGAAGAGUGUGCUAUCAAUUGUGACGGGCAGGCACACAGGCAUUAUUUGACCAAGAAAAGGCAUCCCAUUUUUUCUUAACACUAGAAUACAUUGCUUUGGAAUCUUGCGAUAAUGAUUUUUAG